AUGGAUAAAUUAACAUGGAGUAGGAGUUUAUCAGAAUCGCGACCCUCGAAGACCGUCAAAGCUAUGGCGCCACAAGCACAACCGGCGGAGCCUCGGUUCGAACCUUGUGCUGCCACGGCAUCACUGUUUCUAUAUACACAGGAUACCACCAUCCUGUGUCUACACCAUGACACACUUGCAGUCGAGCGCCGAUUCAGUAGCCACCAAGAAAAUAUCGAGUUUAUAUCAGUGGAUAAUGUGAGCGAGCGCGGUGCGGGUCGACUGGUUGUCAGUUAUGAUAUAGGCCAAACAGCGAUUGUAUGGGAUAUCUUCACAGGCACAGAAAUUGCAAGAUUUGCAUCUUUUGAGCACCUGCGAGUUGCAUCAUGGAUGCGUAAUGGCAAUGUCGCAUUCGGCAAUGGCAAAGGUGAAGUAAUUCUGUUUGAGCCCUCCACAUCGGAACACAUUUCAGCGCGCACAAUUUUCGACCCUAUUACAUCUCUUGCUCCGGCUAUGGAUUGUCGAACCUAUGCAAUUGGAUAUCAAAACGGAUCAAUUCUCAUCGCAACCCUACUCCCUCAAUUUACCAUUCUUCACACCUUGACCACUUCACGCGGACCUUCACCAAUCAUCUCGCUCGCCUGGCAUGCCUCCUCCUCGAAGCAGAAAUCUGACAUGUUAGCAACCCAAGCUUCAAAUGGCGAUUUAAGAGUGUGGAGUGUAUCAAAGCCACCGACGAAAGAAGCGCCCAGAGUGAUUCGUGUGUUGAAAAGAUCGGAUUCUACCUCGGCGGAUCCGAAAUGGAUGGGAUGGUCUAAAAAUGGAAAGAUUGUGCAAUAUCUUGAAGGUGAAACAUGGGCUUGGGAUGUUCGCACAAAGCACGUAACCUACGAACCAAUUCCAACCAUGGAUGGAGUGCGAGGACUGGCCAACCACGGUGCAACCGCGACACUAUUCACCAUUGGACCCAAUAACACAGUUCAGCAGUAUGAUGUCGAUAAUCCGGCAAUGGUAGCCAAUGUGCAACAUAUUCCAGUUAUUCCACGCUCGGCCACAUCCGAGAGUCAAAGGUCAAAGACAAUGUCUCCAAGGCGUCUGCAGGACCCCCCGGAUAUUCGAGAACCACCGACUACACGGCGGACACCAUUUGAUUCCAAUGGACUCGAUAACCUACGACAACAAAGGGCGGAUCUAAUUAGUCCUGCAUCAUCAAGAAGUCGAACGGAAUCUGUUAGCUCCAAGGCCUCAUCUGGCAAGUACAACAGAGCCGAUGCUUUCUCGCCGCCCAGCCGCUCAGGACAGACAUCAACCACAUUUUCAAUGACAUCGGCUGGCCGUGAUACACCACAACCAUCGGCGGGAUUCCCGUAUGCCUCGUCAGUCUCGAUGUCUUCAGUCAAGAGUUCUCGUGCUGGAUCCAGAUUGCGGAAUGAGGUGCAAAUGAGCCCUGCAGAGAGGAAUAUUGUAGAUCUUUUCCCGUUCAUGCGAGCACGGUUGAACGAUGUGCCUUAUAAAUCGCAACCGCCAUUUGAUGAAAAUCAUUUGACUCCUGACGAUCUGCGACAGCAAAUGCUUAGCGUUGUUUUUGGCUGGGAAGGAGAUAUUUCAGAUUUGAUCAGAGAUGAGUGGAGUCGCCAUGCACCUGGAAGUCAAAGCGCGAUUCUUUUGGCACAAUGGCUUGGAGAGACCGAUACAGAUCAGAUGGCUGAGAUGAUUAGCACCGGACCAACGACUACCUCGGACUGGAUGCUAUUGGCUUUGAGUCAAAUGAGUGGACAGGCCCAAGCAAACAAAGUUGGUCAGAGCUUUGUACAAAAACUGCUGGAGAUUGGGGAUAUCCAUACUGCAGCUUCCAUCUUACUCGGCCUGGGAGAUAGUAACGAUGCCAUCGAGGUCUAUGUGUCGCGCAGUCACUUUAUGGAGGCAAUUCUCAUGACAUGUCUCCUAAUGCCAUCAGACUGGCAACGGCAAUCAUAUCUUGUAAGGAGGUGGGGAGAGUAUGUGGUCUCACAUUCCCAGCAGCAACUUGCGAUUCGCUGUUUUAUGUGUACCGGUGCAGAACCCUCUGAGCCAUGGACUUCUCCAGCUGCUCAACAGGCGGCUUCUUUUGCCGAGAUCAUUCGAGGAAAAUCACCACUGGCCUCGCCUGACCCUAUGCAGUCCAUGCAAUCUAUGCAUCCAACGGCUCCCCCGUCUCGACCAAAGUCGGCAUCUAACCAACGUUCAGCUGGAAAGACUCCAGCUCUGAAACUCAUCACGUCCUUCGACGCGCAGCCCAACAACCGGUUCCGAUUCCCUGGGCUCAAGUCUGACGACCGAACGCCAACCAAUGCACCUGGUGUCACACCAAUUGCUGAAUCUGCCGUGGCUGAUUCCGCUCUGUCUCCUGGUGGACUGGGCUCCUGGAAGCUUAACAACAUCCAGAGUCUGAAUCAGGCGAUGACAUCAGCGUCCCGGACAAACACCCCUGCCUUCAAUCGGCGCCGUUUGCCCUCAAUUGGUGAGACCCCGGUGGAUGUACAUCCUCCGACGUUCUCUAGGUCUCGCUCCUACAAUACCAACAGCGCGUAUGGCUCCACCUCGGAGGCCGAAGAAAACAGCGCCCAGGAGCAGAGUCAGGACGAAUCCACCGAUGGGCUCUUACUUUCAGCAACGAAGUAUGCACCUAGCCAUGGUUCCAUGAAGCCAAGCCCCCAGACAGCUGUCCAAGCUUCCGACAAGUUCGCCUCUAUCAAGGGACUCCCAUCGCCCGCAGCCGGUGUUUUCGAAGCUUUUAAGGAUCACUCUGACAUUCAGAACGGCUCUCGAGAUAGAAAGCCAGUCGGACUCCAGAUUGAACUCGUCCACACAGAGGAAGUCGCCAGCCCGCGCAAUCAUACCGGCUUACUUCACAGCGCAAAGAGUACCUCAACGGUACACAGCUACAGUUCCGCCAAGAGUCCAAGUGUGAGCAGCCGUAGCAUCGAUCAGUACAUCAGUAGUCUUGACGAAGCCAACUACCACGCCAAGGGCUACCGCAGCCAGCGCUCUGGUCGAACAAGAAGAAAUACCGAUGACACUGGUGGUCAAGGCCCGCAUAUCCAACAAGCACGGGAGGCAUCCCAGGAGACUCGUGGUCGAAAUGAGCGCCGAUAUAUCCAACCCGCGAAACGAUCGCCUUCAUCCCCAGUCCCAAUGUCACCCGAUGAGCUCGCACGUUGUCAUAUUGGGGAAACGGAGAAACGAGAUGAAACACGAAAGAAGUCACACUCGCGCGCUCGAAGCAGUAGCAGGAUGAGAAAGACAGGGGGGUCACGAAAUCGCCAUCGCUCUUCUAGCCGACACACUGCAAGCCGUGUUGCCCUGGAAAGGCUGGAUCCAUCGUCCCGGGGCCGUAGCACUGACCGUCUAGGCUCUGCUGCUCGCUCGCCGUCUUCACCUUUGCCAAUGUCCCUGCCAAUGACCUUGCCUGGCCAGGAUUCUUCACAACAGGACGGCGCUGAAGACCCUCUCCGAAUCGUUGUUGGAAAUCGGGAGCGACUGCGUUCGCAUCAUCGAAGCGCGAGUCGCCGCCGUGGUACGGAGAAAGGAGGCAACUCCAAGCGAGAUGUUUCGCCUGAUUCGAGACACAAGGUCUCUCAGAGUGUACCUGAGGUUCGUCAACCUGUUGAAUUCGAGCCCUCCGUUCAGACUGGAGGACUUGAGCAGCUGGGCAGUCGAGCUUUUGGACAAGAGCAGUCUUUGAGUGCUCAAACCUUCGGGCAAGAUGAGACUUUGAGCCCUCUGGUCUUUGGACAAGAAGGUACUUUGAGCUCUCAAGCCUUUGGGCAGGAGAGUACCCUGAGCUCCCAAGCAUUUGGACAAGAGGGCAUGUUGAGCAACAGAGCAUUCGGACAAGAUGAUUUGGGAAGUCAAGUGUAUGGGCAAGAGGACCGGGCAUUUGGACAGGAGGAGCUCUUGAGCGCCAAAUCUUUCGGACAAGCUCCCACUUUAAGCAGCAAAGCCUUUGGUCAAGAGGAUGUCUUAAGUAGUAAAGCGUUUGGCCAAGACGUCUUUGCGCAUGGACGCAGUCAAAGCAGACCCGUUUCAGCUGCCAAUGAUAACCAUGAGCAAGUCUCUCCAACAACACCAUUUGUCACUCUGGCCGAGAAGAAGAGGAGAGAGUUAGCUGCCGCUGAAUUGGAAGCGCGUCGACUCUCCCUUGCACGCAACCCGUCUGCGCCCAACAUUCCCUUCCCAGGCGAUUUGCAUUAUGGUCGAUCGCCCAUCGAGAGUCCCCCUCCAUUCCAUGGCAACUCCUACUUCCCCCGGGCUCCAUCUCGAAACCAGAUCCCACCAGCCAAGCGCUCGCCUGAAUAUGGCAGUAGCUCCGAUUCCAGCUCAUCAGGCUCACGGCCUCCCCUAGGACUGCCAGCCACACCUCGAGCCAUGAGGCACCCCAAGUAUGGCGGCGGCCGUGAAGAACGACCUCCCUCUGUUCCCCUUAUCCCAAAUGAUCACCAUGGUCACCAGAUUCACAGUGAUACUCGAUACCAAAGUGAGGCGGCCGAGAGGAUCGGACGGUCCAUGUCGGUACCUAUGCCAGAGAACCAGGCAUCCAAGUACAUGAACCCACCCCCACUGCCAUCCGAACUGCCAAUGCACCCACACUUCAACCCCAACCUUCCUCGGAGCCGCUCCAGCAGCCGCGCGCGCAACAUGGGCCACCGUCGUACCAGCUCCGGCGGCUAUGUCUCCGGUACAUCCCCCCAAGUAACCGUGAGCAUCGAGGAAACAAUUGAGCACGCAAUGCAGCGAAGACCCGGGCCUCACGAUCUAAUUCCCCCGCCACCUCCGCCAAUUCUCCCCGAGCUCCAGCAUCUCAACACCCCUCCGCCUCCGCCGCCGUUCCCGAUAUCUGUGGACCCCACAUCUCCUCGACAAUCUUCAGCCACUAUCGACGUUGCCAUCGAAAACGAGGACAUGGGACGCAUGAUUCCUCGCGCAAUGACCGCUGCUCCGACGAUCCACAUCGAUGUUGGGGGUGACUCCAAGAACGGUAAACGCACCUCGUAUGAACAUCGCCGGAAUCGCAGCUCGAAUGAGAGCUUCGCGAACAAGCUGCGCAGCUUGACGCGUAUUCGAGGCAAUAGUCGCAGCGUCGAGCCCUGGGGUACGGCAACGGAAUGGGGAUCGAAUGCUCUUGAGAACGACAUGCCGUACGAACUACUUCACUCUCGUGCCUAUACACCUGGUCCCGGCUAUGGUGUUUAA